GGCUGGAUCAGCUCGGCUUCACUUGCUUUCCUUCUUUCCCUUCUCUCGUUUUCUUCAUCUUUCUCUGCACCAUCAUAUACAUACACACAUAUGACAUGUUAUGUAUGCAUCAUGGACCGCCAUCGCCUCGGCCACAUACUCAUCUCUAUCUUCUUCCCCGUACGGCUACCCACUGUAACGAAUAGUAUCCUGCGGCUCUGAUUUCUUGUCGUGUCUUCCUAUAGAUCACAUCAUCUUCCACCUUAUAAUUCGUAGUCAUCUGCUAAAUUCUCUCUGUAAAUCUUCCAACUCGUCGAUGUCACAAGUAGAUGAAGGUCUGAAGUGUGCAACUUGAAGGUGAAUUGGUGGUAUAUUUAUAGCAAGCUGUAAGUUCCAAUCAUCAUGCCUGAGAAAUCUCAUCCCAACAACAACGGAAAAGCUGUAGAGUCCAUAGAACCUCACCAAUCUGCAUGGCUCACACAUUGGACAGGAACAAGAUUUGAAUCAAGCACACAUGUUCCUUCAACUCGCCUUAUUCAAAACGAAGAAGAUGAUCUUGAUAUGAAGAAACACUCGAAGGGAGUUGAAAUAGCAUCUGAUAGCUGUGGAUCUUCAAAAGGGAUCAACGACUUGGAGUUAGCAAUGAGUUUAAAGAAACCAGGAUCUUCAUCAAGAGAAUGCCAUUUUCAACCUGAAGAAGCAUCACAAAUUCCUUCUGAACAGGUGAAGUAUCACAUGUUUUUUGGUGAAAGCCGAACAACCCAUGGACCAGAAAACAUCAGCCAGCUUAAAACCAUUUUCACAUCCAAAAACCACUUACCAAAAACUAAUUCAGUAGCCAUGGAACAAGAACACAAGAUGCCAUCUUUUUUAAGACAAGAUAAUGUUGCCCUUUUGAAGACUGACCCUUCUACAAGCAGCAAUUCUGCACCUUCUUUAAUUGCAGAACAAUACAAAAGGAUGCACAAACAUAUUGGAAUGGGAUUCUUUCCACAUCAAAGUUGUCCAGAAGUGAUCAAACCAGGGACAAUGCAGUCAUUUCAAAAUGUUUCUCAUUUAGAGGGUCUUCACAGUUUUUCCAGGACAACUCACAGUGUGUUAAUCACAAAACAGACUGAUGUUAAAGUGUAUCAAGAAAAGCAGAUCUUUAGGGAGUCCAUGGUAUCUACUCGGCUUAAAGAAGAAGCUGUAAGGGAGGUCAACCGCAGCCCUGCAUAUUUUGCUGAUAGUCAACGAGGGGUAAAGCUUCAACUUUUGGAGUCUUCAGAUCAAGAAUCACAGGAAAAGAUUGAAGAUGUAAAAGGUGCUGGAGAUGUUCAAAAAAAUGAGUCAUCAGCUGAUACUGACACCAUGGAUAUGGAAUCUUUCAAGGAGAAUCAUCUUUCUGGUGUACAUUUCUCCCCACUAAACAAGGUGAUCACAAUGGAGUCAAAUAUUCCCAUUUUACCCUUGUCAAAACCAAAAGACACACACAGAAAACGUAAAAUGGAACUCCCGGAUAUUAACCUAGAAAUUUCCUCUCUCCCAGCUUCAUCAAGCUCAACCGAAAAAGAAAAAAGUAGCCGUUGGAUCAAACGCCUAAAGCUGACCGGGUCAGGUGGGUCAGGUUUGCUUCGAAAAACCACACCCCAAAACAAGCUUUUUACAAAAGUAAACGUGGGCCCACCAUCAGAAACUGUGAUAGGUGAAUCUAGUGAUCGUCAUAAUAAUAAUUGUAAUAAUAAUAAUAAUAAUAAAGAGGUGAUUACACUUUCGAAUGCUUGGAUUCAAAGAUGGAGUAGUAAUCAGGGGCAAAAGAGUCCGGUGGUGGAAAGAAUUGAAAAGGGAGACUGUAAAGUGGGGCCUCCCGAGGAAUAUGAGAAAAAGCAGUUUCCGAGUAUUGCUGCGAUGGCGUUGAUGGGGAAGGCCAUGAGUGGGUUUCAACAGUGUAAGUUUCAGAAAAGGGAAUCGUUUAUGGUUUGGAAUACCAAAGGUUUUGAGUAA